CCACUCUCUUCACACAAACACCAAUACUGCUUUUCCAUUCAAUCGGAUCAUUUCUUCUUCUUUCUUCUAAUUUUUUUUUGUUGUUCUUUUUAUUCUAAUUGUUCAAUCACUGUUACCUAGACCGAAAUGGCUUUUCCUCUCCGUUUGCAAACCCACUUCUGCUUCAUUUCCUCCAAAUGUUUGAUAAACAAAAAUAGAAUCGACGCUGCACAUACGAACUCCCGUUUUUGCACCAAAUGUACGUUAACCCCGCCGAAGUAUGAUCCGGUUGUAGUUAGUAAGCAACCGGGAAACGUUUAUUACCAGCCCACUAUUUGGGAUUACACUUUUGUCGAGUCGCUUCAGAGCAUCUACAAGGGGGACGGAUACAUAAACCAAAUAGAGAAGUUGAAGAAAGAGGCGACCAUUAUGCUUGAAAAGGCUGCGACACCCUUGGCGCAACUUGAGAUGAUCAACGUAAUUCAAAGGCUAGGAAUGAAGUAUCUAUUUGAGGAGGAGAUCAAGGAAAUGCUUGUUAACAUAUAUAACGAUAAACCGAACGGUGGAAUGAUAUAUAACUUACAUGCUACUGCUCUCAAAUUUAUGCUCCUCAGACAGUAUGGUUUUAAGGUCUCUCAAGAUGUGUUUACUAUCUACAUGGACAAAAAUGGUUUUAAGGAACACCUGAGUGAGGAUGUCAAGGGAAUGUUGAGCUUGUACGAAGCUGCACAUUUAGCUUUCGAAGGCGAAAGCAUACUAGAGGUGGCCGUAAUAUUCACAAAAACAAAACUGGCUGAAGGGAUCAACAACGAUGUAGAACUUCGAAAUCAAGUAACUCGCUCCCUGGAGAUUCCAUUGCAUUGGAGGAUGGAGAGAUCAGAAGCUAGGUGGUACAUCAAUGAAUAUAAAGAUGCACAAGAUAUGAACCGUGUUUUCUUGGAAUUGGCUGAAUUAAAUUUCAAUACAUACCAAGCCACACACCAGGAAGAUCUUCGAAAUAUGUCAAGGUGGUGGAGGAGUCUUGGUGUCGCUAGCAAACUGAAUUUUGCAAGAGAUAGGCUAGUUGGGAGUUUGUUAUUUAGCGUGGGGAUUUCAGCAGAGGCAAAGAGCCAACGUUGCACAGAAUGGCUCACAAAAGUCAUGAAUUUUGUGCUAAUUAUUGACGAUAUAUACGACGUUCAUGGUUCAUUAGAAGAACUCGAGAUAUUUGCCAAUGUUGUUGAAAGGUGGAAUACCAAGGAAAUGGAAAAGCUACCGAUCUAUAUGAAAAUAUGUUUCUUAGCGCUUUACAAUACAACUAAUGAAAUGGCUUUCGAGGUACUGAAAGAACAAGGCCACGACAUCUUACCUUACUUAACCAACUCAUGGGCAAAUUUUAUAAAAGCGAUGCUAGUAGAGGCGAGGUGGUUUAACAAGGGAUAUACACCAUCGGUCGAGGAAUAUUUGUCAAACGGCUGGCUUUCAUCCUCUGGUUCGGUGUUUCUAGUUCAUGCAUUUUUCGCUACCAAACAACAAAUCACAACUGAUGUUCUACGAGCUCUAGACAGCAAUCAUAAUCUUUUGUAUUGCUCUUCCAUGAUUUUCCGACUUUCCAAUGAUCUUGCAACUUCAUCGGCGGAUCUAGAAAGAGGUGAUGUCUCCUCAUCAGUACAUUGUUACAUGCGUGAAAUGAGCAGUUCCGAAGAGGAUGCACGUUUUUAUAUAAGUGGCCUUAUCAUGGAUACAUGGAAGAAAAUGAACGAGUCUAUCAUGGAUACAACAUUCGAUCUUCCUUUUAUUCUCAUAGCUUUAAAUCUUGCGCGAACAGCAAUAUUUUUCUAUCAAUACGGGGACGGGCUUGGAGUUGAAGACGGUAAAACUAAAGAUCAUGUUUUAUCUUUGAUUGUUAAUCCGAUAUAGGAGUGGUAUCAGCGUUCAUUUAGUAAUUCUUAUUUUGGUUUAAACUUGUCUUAGGAUCUGCUAUCUAGUUAAAGAUUAGGGGUGUUAGAGUGUCUCAUGCCUUCCGUAUUCGUUUCACCUUCAGGAAUGAUAUUUUGGCUUCCGGUUCAUUAUUUCAUACCUCUGAGUGACAGUUGUGUCUCUCCACCCUACUCAAAAGCCAAAAGCCAAACCACUAUAUUAUUAUGAUUCUUCAUGUUUCCAGUGCACAUAACAAACUAGUACAUACAACAAACCCAAAUAUUAGCCCGCCUAUAUGAAAAGUGGAAAAUGUGCACUCCGGUUGUAAUAGGCAGCACGAAUUUUCUGUGUUUUAAU